CAGCAGAAAAAUUCAUCUCUGGAUUACUUCUUACCCACACCAGCACGCAUUUUCAUAGCGUCCAAGAUGAGUGUGGAUUACAUCGAAUAUGGAGAUUACACUGCGGACAACGAAACCGAAGCAAACGUCAGCGUCUGCGGUGCAUUGAAUGUCGGCAGUUGCCACGCGUCUUUGACUCCUGUCCUGGUGGCCGUCAACGUCUUCAUCUGCGUUAUGGGCCUGGUGGGGAACUCUCUGGUGAUCUGGAUCUGCGGCUGGAAGAUGAAAAGAACGGUCAUCACCACUUGGUACCUGAGUCUGGCCAUCUCCGACUUGUUGUUCUGCGCCCUCCUGCCUCUGGAGGUGUUCUACAUGCUCACUGCGCAUUGGCCUUUCGGACUGGCGCUGUGCAAGCUGAUGUCGUCCGUGCUGUUCCUCAACAUGUACAGCAGCGUCUUCCUCUUAGUUCUGAUCAGCGCCGACCGAUGCGUGAUGGCGUCCUUCCCUGUGUGGUCGCGGAACUACCGCACGGUUCGCGGGGCUUCGGCAGCCGUGGUGGUCACGUGGGGCCUCUCGGCGCUGCUGACAUUGCCGUCGCUGAUUUUCAGGCAAACGGCGGCCCGAGGAGACGCGGUCCUGUGCUACCUGGGCUACACGGAGCCGUCCAGACACAAGGCGGUGGUGCUGAGCCGCUUCAUCUGCGGUUUCCUGGUGCCGUUCGUGGUGAUCGUGUUGUGCAGCGCCGUGCUGGCUGCCAAGCUGCGAGGGAUGAGCAUCAGGUCCACAAAGCCGUACAAAGUCAUGGCGGCGCUCAUCUCCUGCUUCUUCGUGUGCUGGGUUCCCUACCACACGUUUGUUCUCCUGGAGUUGGACGUGAAGAAGCUCAGCCUAGAGACUCUCCACACCGGGAUGAAAGUUGGGCCUACUCUGGCGGCGGCAAACAGCUUCCUGUCGCCCGUUCUCUACGUCUUCAUCGGGAACGACUUCAACCAAAUCUUAAGACGCUCUCUGACGCAAAGGUUUGAGUCGGUGAUGGCGGAGGGUUUCUGGACAGGACGCUCUCAGUCGGUGCAAAACAUGCAAAACCUUUGAUUCCAUAUUCCAUAUGCCGUAUGGAUCUGGUGAUGAAGUACAGCAGGUACAGUAUGUGUGAAGAACCUAUUGUAAUCAUUGUUCAUUAUUAUUAUUAUUCAACAAAUUAAUUGCCUUCUGAGGGGGCAUCAACGUGCCCCAAAGCUCAUCAAUUGUUGUCAUCAGUUUCACCGAUCAACAUGAAAUUUGGUGUACAUGUCUAUUGUGACAGGACACAGGAAAAAGUCGGAGAGCCCAAGUCCAAAAUUGAACCGGAAAUUGGCCAUUUUGGUUUGAAGCGGCCUUUUUGGGUGAAUUUACUCAUUGGUGCCACAUGGACUGUUUGAAAAAUCCAGCCACCCCCUGACACCAGUUUCCCCGUUCAGCACAAAAUUGGGCGUAUGCGUUUAUCAUAACAGGACGCACCAAAAAGUCUCUAGGACCCCGUGCCCGAAAUUGAAGAGGAAGUCGGCCAUUUUGGUUUGAAGCAGCCACUUUGGGCGAAUUCCAGGGCUUGUAUUUUGCAGGAGUCCAACUAGGGCAGGGGUGUCAAACUCUUUUUUUUGUCUCCGGCCGCAUUGUAGUUGUGAUUUCCCUCAGAGGGCCGUUGGAACAGUGAAACCAUAUAAAUGUUUAAUCAUCACCAAAACAUAUUAGGACAAUUACACAACAAAUUGAGGGAUAACUAGUUUUGAAACAAGAAGACGAGGAUAAUAAGUUUGUUCAAGUAUUGUUUAAGUUACUGUCGAAGAAGGGUUUGGUAACAGAAAAAUGCAAUAUCUCAACAUUAUUGCUUAUUAUUAUGACAAUUUGGAAUUUGGGUACAGAUUUGAGCAAAAAUCACGGAAGUUGACGAGCACGAUUUGCUUUCGCGGGCCACAUAAAAUGAUGCGGCGGGCCGCAUCUGCCCCCCGGGCCUUGAGUUUGACACCUAUGAACGAAGGAAUGGGCCUCAUCGGAAGUACCGGAUGUUUCCUAGCAUGAUGAGCGACGCCAAAUUGCAUUCCUGCCUACUCCCGCUGAUGUGGGCGGAGCAUGACAUCAACGUUUGAUGAUCAUUUCGUUCAUCUCAGCUGUAACUGUUUGUUUGUUUGUUUGUUUGUUUUGUUUGUUUCUUAACCUUCCUGUUACCUUUGUUUCUCAGGAACAGCAAUCAUGUUCCUGUGUGUUUCAUUAUCCAAAAGUGUGGGGAAAGAAAAAUAUCCCAAUCAACAUUGGUUAUUUAUGAACUCCAAUGCAAGCCAGUUCAAUGCAAAUAUGUGAAGUGAACCAUUUUCAUUGUGCUGAACAAAGGAUUUUUUGACACGGGUCAAUUUGACCUGCGACAAAACAAGAUGAUGAACAUUGUAUUUGUUUCCAGAUUGUUGUAAACUGUGCUUGAGUGGACCAAUUCGGUAGACAUCCACAUUCGCUGUCCUUUGUGGCAUUUCAUUUUAUUCACUGGAAUUUUCAUUUCCUCUUCAAGAAUUUCAUGUAUGAGUUUAUUUACAUAUAAACUAUUUGUCAUGAAAUGUAUUUUUCAAA